ACCAGUCAAGGGAGCUGUCGGUAUCAAAUAGUGCUGCUCUGUUUUCAUUGAUCGCUGCUCUUGUGUACUGUGUGAGGAGCGUUUUUAUAGAAGACAUGAUGGAUGAAGAAUUAAAAUGCCCCGUUUGCGGCUCUCUUUUCAAGGAUCCUAUUCUUUUACCUUGCUCGCACAAUGUGUGUUUGGCGUGCGCCCGAAAUAUCAUUGUACAGACCCCAGAAGGCGAAACACCUCCGCAUAGCCGUGCCUCCGGGAACUCAGACUACGAUUAUUUGGAUAUGGACAAAAUGAGCAUGUAUAGUGAAACGGACAGCGGCUAUGGAUCAUACACGCCGUGCAUCAAGUCUCCAAAUGGGGUAAGGGUGUUUCCUCCGACUCUGGUGCACCGCCACUGCUCCAUAACUUGUCCUCUCUGUCACCGUAGUGUCUCUCUGGAUGAGCGGGGAUUGAGGGGCUUCCCACGUAACCGGCUACUGGAGGCGAUCGUGUCUCGUUAUCAACAGAGCCGCUCUGCCAACGUGAAAUGUCAGCUGUGUGACCGCAACCCUGUCGAUGCCACUGUGAUGUGCGAACAGUGCGACGUGUUUUACUGCACACCUUGCCAGCAGCGAUGCCACCCUUCCCGUGGACCGCUGGCCAAACAUCGAUUAGUGCCACCGACCCAAUCGCCCGCGGCUGGAGGCCAGCAGAUGCCCGCCGGCACCAUACGCAAACAGGGAACAUGUGCAGACCAUGACAUGGAGAACUUUAGCAUGUACUGUGUCAACUGCAAGACUCCAGUGUGUAUGAAGUGUCUUGAGGGUGGCAAUCACGGGAGUCAUGAUGUAAAACCUUUAGCUGCCAUGUGGAAACAGCACAAGUGUCAACUCUCCCAAGCUUUGAAUGGUGUGUCGGAUAAAGCCAAGGAUGCCAAGGAAUUCCUGAUGCAGUUGAAGAACAUGCUUCAGCAGAUACAGGAGAACGGGGUGGAGUUCGAGGCCUGCUUGGUGGCUCAGUGUGAUGCCCUGAUCGAGGCUCUGACGCGGCAGAAAGCCAAGCUCCUCACCAAGGUCACCAAGGAGAGGGAGUACAAGCUCAAGGUGGUGCGUGACCAGAUCACUCACUGCACUAUUAAGCUGCGUCAGACCACGGGCAUGAUGGAGUACUGUCUGGAGGUGAUCAAAGAGAACGACCCCAGUGGCUUCCUGCAGAUCUCAGAUGCGCUGAUCAAACGUGUGACGUCGUCUCAGGACCAGUGGGUCAAAGGGGCUCUGGAGCCCAAGGUGGGCCCUGAGUUUGACCUGACCCUGAACACCGACCCCCUGCUGCAGAACAUACUACAGCUGGACUUUGUCCAGAGCAAAGUGGAGUCUGCCACGGUGCCCCCGGCCCCCCUGCUGCAGCUGGAGAAGUGCUGCACCCGCAACAACAGUUCCACCCUGGCCUGGAGGGUCACUGUGCCACCUAGUAAUCCCAUCGAAGGCUACAUCCUGGAGCUGGACGACGGCAACGGAGGGCAAUACAGGGAGGUGUAUGUAGGGAAGGAGACCGUGUGCACCGUGGACGGCCUCCACUUCAACAGCUCCUACAAUGCCAGAGUCAAGGCCUACAACUCCACCGGGGUGGGGCCCUAUAGCAAGACUGUGGUGCUGAAGACAUCUGAUGUGGCCUGGUUCACCUUCGACCCCACCUCGGCUCACAGGGACAUCGUGUUGACCAAUGAGAACCAGACGGUGAGCUGCAACAGCUAUGAUGACCGUGUGGUCCUGGGGACAGCCGCCUUCUCAAAGGGGGUCCAUUACUGGGAGCUCAGGGUGGAUCGCUAUGACAACCACCCAGACCCGGCGUUCGGGGUGGCGAGGAUCAACACGAUGAAGGACAUGAUGCUGGGGAAGGAUGAUAAGGCCUGGGCCAUGUACGUGGACAACAACCGCAGCUGGUUCAUGCACAACAACUCCCACACCAACAGGGCCGAGGGGGGCAUCUCCAAGGGUGCCACUGUGGGCAUCCUGCUGGACCUGAACAAGCACACUCUAACGUUCUUCAUCAACAAAGAGCAGCAUGGCCCUGUGGCCUUCGAGAACCUGGAGGGAGUCUUCAUGCCUGCCGUCAGCAUCAACAGGAAUGUCCAGGUCACCCUACUAACAGGAAUGGAGGUGCCAAAGAAUAUUAAGCAGCAGUAACCUCCCAAGGUGUCUAGGCACAGUCCCACCAAUGUCAACAUGGAGUCCUCCUGCUCCAUCCCCCUCCCUUAGUACUACUGUAUAUUUUAUGCUGUUCAAUGCCUAUGAUCAAAUAUCACCCUUAUAUACAAGGGACUUUUGUACAUAAAUUAUUAUAUUGUUUUUCCAAGUCUUAAUUUCAUCUCAAUCCGUACAAUCAGAUUCUGUGUUUACAGUCAAAAUGCCACAGGGUGCUUUAAUUAAGUGCAUCUCUGUAAGGAUUGGUGUGAGGUGUGACCCAGAUGCGGUGCAGGAUAGACAGUAGGCAGGGAUGGUGAAACAAGGAUCUUUAC